AUGAGGAAACCUGCCCUCAGUUUCAUCGAUGACGAAGAGGAGGAGCUAGAGGAAAGGUCGUUUUUCCGUUCUUGUGGCGACAAUAGCCACAGUGCAGCGACCUCUGCGCCGUCGGGAUCCGCUGCUUCUGCCACAGAACCUUCUUCCUCCGCCGCUUCCCCGGUUGUCUACGGCCCAGAAACUCCUUUCCAAUGUCCAGAUCCCCUUCCCUCGUUCUCCUCAAAAUCCGGAAAGAAAUUCCGCCUGCUGUUCAAUGUAGAGGCCGCUGCUGCGACGGCUGAGAGCCAGGAGUCGCGAGGUGGCGAUCCCUCGGGAGGACGUCCACCUGGCUCAGGGGUGUCGUUUCGCGCGCCGGUCUUCAGCCGUCCGCGACAGUUAACGAGUAAACAGUCUUCGCUGGAGUCGGCUGCUGGUAAUUUAUCUUUCUCCGCAUCUGCCCCGCGGACCGGCAGUUGUCUGGUCGACCUCGGCCGCAAAGGCAAGAAAACCACGGCCGCGAACGACGACGGGUCCUCGACCCGGUCGACAGCGGCGGGAAGCAGCGCGCCGUCGGUGGUAUCAGCCUGCUCCUCGUCGAAGCUGACAAACGACGAAGCUCGGUCUUCGUCUCCGUCUUACGCGCCGCCGCGCGCUCGCCGCAUGCGUUCCGGGUGGGACGAUGAGGCCGCAGACGAAAAACACAAUGAGGAGGCGUACAUCGAUGAAGAAACUGACAAGAUGCUCUCGCGCAUUUGGUAUGACCGAGACGAGGGCUCCGGCCUCGCGCUGGGGGAGUACAUGGAUCAAGACGAAGACCAGCGCGACCGGCUGCGCGACCGUGAAGAAAAGCUGAAGAAGCUGCAGGUCCAGUCCAGGAAGCAGUGGCGCGAGCAACAGAGAAAUGCCGACAACGAGGCUUGGGAGAGAGACCGCAUGCGUCGCAGUGGAGUCGGAGAAAGAACGGAGGUGGACUUCGCUGCCCGCAUUGCAGAGGACGAAGAUGAACACAAGGAACAUGUCAUCUGCCGCAACAUUCGACCGCCUUUCCUAGACGGAUUCGAUGUAGAACAUUCCCUCCCAAUCAUGGUUCAGGAUGUCACCAGCGACAUGAACGUCAUGGCCAGAAAAGGCAGUGCCAUCUUGCGAUUCACGAAGGACCAAGAAGACCGGUCGGCAGUGCGGCAGCGGUUCUGGGAGCUCGCAGGCUCGACCUUAGGAAGUCUGCUGCAGACGAGUGACGAACAAGCGAAGGCGCAGCUCGCGCAGAUGCAGGCGAACAAUCCAUGGCGAGUCGCGGGCGAGGACGAGAGCGAAGAAGAUCGACAGAGCUUCCGACAGCAAAACCAGUACGCCGCGAUUCUGAGGAGUUCAGAGACCGAAGCCACCAGCGAAUUCGCUCGGACACAAAGCCUCGCUGAGCAACGCAGGUCUCUCCCCGUCUAUGCCGUACGAGACGAAUUUCUUCACAUUGUCAGGGAACACCAGAUCGUCGUCGUGGUCGGCGAGACCGGUAGUGGGAAGACGACGCAGUUAACGCAGUACCUGUUUGAGGCAGGAUACGCUUCUCCAGGACCCUCCCGCGAGCCUCAGGCGAGUUCUCUUCAGCGCCUCGUGCGUUCCUCGCCAGAGAUGCUGCUGCCGCAGAAGAGACAGAAAGUCGCCGAGGAAGAUCCUCAGGAUUCCGCACAGAAUGGGCUGCCUGCUUUCGCAGUCGCGCCGUCGGUUAGUUUGAUUGGCUGCACGCAGCCAAGAAGAGUUGCGGCAGUCUCUGUGGCGAAGCGGGUGGCAGACGAAAUGGGCACUGCGCUCGGAGAAGACGUUGGAUACGCGAUUCGAUUUGAGGACUGCACGAGUGAGCGAACGCGAAUCAAGUACAUGACAGACGGUGUCCUUCUCAGAGAGUCCCUGAGCGAUGCAGACCUCGACAAGUACGCCGCCGUCAUCAUGGACGAAGCUCACGAAAGGUCGCUGAAUACGGAUGUGCUCUUUGGAAUUUUGAAGGGAGUGGCGGCGCGGCGGCGUGACUUCAAGUUGAUUGUGACUUCUGCGACGAUGGACUCGGAGCGCUUUUCUGCGUUUUUCGGAGGCGCCGUCAUCUUUCACAUUCCUGGCCGGACGUUUCCGGUCGACGUGGAGUUCGCGCGGUCUCUCCCCGACGACUACGUCGACGCAGCGGUGCAGAAAUGUCUGGCGGUUCACUGCAGCACACCGUGGAAGAAGAAGACGAAGAAGACGAAGAAGACGAAGGCUUCGCUCGGGGAGGCCGCGUCGAGCGCAGCUGCGAAUUGCUCCCGAGAGUCGGCGCAGCGAGGCUCAAGGGAUGACCCGCGCGUCAAGUCCGAAGAAGACCAAGAAGAGGGAGACGAGGGAGACGAGGGAGAAGAAAAGGAGGAAGAAGGAGAAGAGAAUGGCGGGGACAUUUUGAUUUUUAUGACGGGUCAAGAUGACAUCGAAGUCACAUGUUUGCUUCUCGCCGAGCGACUGGGUCUGUUGGGGGAGAAGGCGCCGCCGCUGACGAUUCUGCCGAUUUACUCGCAACUGCCCGCGGAUCUGCAGGCGCGGAUUUUCCAGCCUUCGCCGUUCAGAAAGGUGAUUGUGGCGACGAACAUCGCAGAGACUUCUUUGACGGUGGACGGAAUCAAGUACGUGAUCGAUCCAGGAUUCUGCAAGAUGAAGGUCUACAAUCCGAAGGUGGGUAUGGACGCUCUGCAGCUCACGCCGAUCUCGCAGGCCAACGCGAACCAGCGAAAAGGACGCGCGGGUCGCACAGGCCCCGGCGUCUGCUACCGUCUGUACACCGAGCGCGUCUUCGUCAAGGAGUUGUUGACGACGACUGUCCCUGAGAUCCAACGCACGAACCUGGCGAACGUUGUGCUGCUUCUCAAGAGCAUCGGGAUUCGAAAUAUUCUCUCCUUCGACUUGAUGGACCCACCGCCGGAGGAGACAAUCGUGAACGCCCUCUAUCAACUCUGGGUCCUGGGGGCGCUCGACAACUUGGGAGAACUCACGGCGCUCGGGAAGAAGAUGGUUCUCUUCCCGCUCGACCCCCCGCUCUCGAAGAUGGUCCUCGUCGCAGAGUCGCAGCGAGCCACCCGCGAAGUCGUGACCGUCGUCUCCAUGUUGUCCAUACCCUCGAUCUUCUACUCCCCCAAAGAGCGACAGGACGAGGCGGAGGCAGUCAAGGAAAAGUUCUUCGUCCCCGAAAGCGACCAUCUCACGCUUCUCAACGUCUACCAACAGUGGAAAAGGAGCCAGUACAACAGUGCCUGGUGCACCAGGCACUUCGUGCAGCCCAGGGCGAUGACGAAGGCGAGGGAGGUGCGAGCGCAACUCCUCGACAUCAUGGAGCAGCAGGGCAUCCCUGACGUCUCUUGCGGCACCGACUGGGACGUCAUUCGAAAGUCGAUUUGUGCCGGGUACUUCCACAACGCUGCAAAGCUUCGAGGCAUUGGAGAAUAUGUAAACUUGCGUUCGUCGAUUCCGUGUCAUCUCCAUCCGACUUCGGCUCUCUACGGCGCUGGACAUACACCGGACUACGUCGUCUACCACGAGGUCGUUCUCACAACGAAGGAGUACAUGCGGAACGUGACGUCUGUUGAAGCGGCCUGGCUAGCAGAGCUGGGGCCGAUGUAUUUUGCACUUCGCCGUAUGGGUGAAGGAGGCCGACAAGCGCGAGAACGAGACGAAGAUGAAAAUCGGAAGGCGGAAUCUCUUUUUCAGCAGCAAAUCCAGAAGGCCGCAGAGCACCAGCAGGCUCAGGCAGAGGCCGCCAAGGCAGCAGCGCGCGAAGCUCAGCAGUUCGCUGUAGCGAUAGCCGGAAGACGAAAGCGAUCCGUUGGGAGUUCUCAACGAUUAAUUUGCUGA